UCCAUUCUCUGGCAAUCUAGGCUUUGAGGUCAAAUCCAUGGCAUAACAGGGGAUCAAAGCCCUUGAUUUUUAGAGGUCAUGAGCUCAAACUUCAAUGCUUAUUCAUGUCCCUAGUUUUUUGACCCCAUAUAUAAGAUUACAGAAGAUCGUCUGAGAGAUCUAAGAUUCAUAAGGUGUCUUUGAUUUUUGGUAACGUGACAACUUAACAUGGCGUUAAAGCUUUGAUUAUUGGGAUCGAUGUCUCGAAUUUGAACUUACUUAUGGUAUUAAGGGUUGGUUUUCAUGAGGCUGGAGGAGUUGCCUGUUGAUCGGCAACCCUUCCGGUCUGAUUGGACCCAAAAUGAACCGUUUUAUUGUUGAAACGACAUUGAACCGGUAAAACCCAAAAUAAUUAUGGGUUCCUAAUCCUUAAUUAACCUCUCGUUUCUAAUAGCCUAAUUCUCCACCAAGCCCAACCCAUUAGUAAGCUUGGUCAAGCCCAAAAUAAUUACGGGUGUUUGGCUCCAUAAUUAGAGGAAUUCUUUUUGAGGGUUCUACGAGUCAGCGUGUUUGGCUCAACCACCUGUUUGUCCUUUUCUUCUGUUGGAAUUUUUAUAUCCCCAAACCAUUUAUGUGGCCCCUUCAGUUGUCUGAUACCUGAUUCCUGAAUGAAUUUUUAAUUUGUUUGAAUAAUGAUGCUUGACCAAAAUUUUUGAUCUAAAAUACCCCACAACCGUUCGUCCCAAGAGAAACAAAAGUGGAGAGCUUUCAUUUCUCUACUUUCUUUAAUGCUUUGAUCUCUUGGCUCAGUCUUUUUAUAGUCCUCCAUUGCAGCUGAUAACCAGUCCCUCAUUGAUGGUGGGACCUUGGUUUCCUCUUGUCUGCGUUUUGAAUUAGGCUUCUUUUUCCCCAUGUGAUUCCAAGAAUUGGUAUUUUAGAGUAUGGUAUAAGAAUGUUCCCAAUACCAUACUAUGGUGGCUAACAGGAAAAAUCCAAUUGCAGAUUCAUAUGGAGUUUUAAGUAUUUGUCUGAUGGAAAACUGAAAAUCCAGUUUUGCAGCUAUUGGAAUCUGUAGAUCGUGUUCUUCCAAGACCAAUGUGAGUUGAGAAGGCUGUACAUUGCAAAGACUUGAUUUCCUGUGUGAUGCACAGUUUCCAGGCAUGGAGUUUGGAUGGAAGGGGAAGACUGGCCAAGACUGGCCAAGACUGGUAUAUGAUGUCAUGGAGAAAUGCCAGUAACCCAUCACUUGGAGACUUAGCUUUUUGAAUUGAGAUUGUUGGGUCGCCUUAAGUUAUUUGUCACAGAUCAGAGAAGAAGUUCCAUACUGGGCCAUAAUGCAUGGUGGUAUUUCAACAAUUAAAACCACAUUUUUUUAACCUUCUAUUGCACAUAAUGCAGAUGGGUUGUAUUAUUUUUAUGAUCUUGAUGGCAAUUGAUUAUUAAGUAGACUUAUUUUGAAUAAAUUGGGUUUGUACCAACUCUUUGUGUUAAGCGAAAGGAGCAUGGAGUGGGCUAUUGCAUAAUGACCUGUGUAAUAAUUAUGGAUGCUGUGGUGCUAAAAGCAUUUGCAGAAUUAACAAAUGGCCAUUUGUGAGUGCUUGGAUGGUUCAUUUGAAAAUCACCGAAUCAAUGAGACUCUCUUCAUUGGACCAGUGGAUACAUUAGGAGGCAUUGGAUUACCAAAAGGGAGAAGGGUUUGUAGAAAUUGAAUUUGUGGAAUUGCCUGACUUGUUAGAUUUUGAAGUAAAAAAGAGAAUUAACUUUUAGAAAUGAGAGGAGAACAGUUCUUGUACAGCUUACAAUAAUCAACACACUACUGAAGGCAACAGCUGUUUGAUCUGGUAUGGAUAUCUGAUUGAUGUCUGAGAGUUUAUUGAAGAUACACAGAAAAACAUCUUCAUCGGAUUUCAGCUUCUGAAUUAGGUCCAGAAACUCACAAGGGCUUCAAGAGCACAAGGAUGAAGUUAAUUUGAUGUCCAAGCUCCAAUACCUUGAUUUUGUCAGGCUUUUGGGUUGUCAUAUUGAAGAAGAAAGGAUGCUAAUCUAUGAAUAUGUGCCCAACAAAUGCCUGGACUAUUCUAUUUUUGAAUCCUCUUUUAUGUGCAAGAAAAGAAAACAGGAAUAGAAUUUAUAUGGAUGAAAAUGUUAUACAGAUCAGAAAAGAAGUGCACUAUUGGCUCGGCAAAAGAUGCUUUAAGAUUGUCAUGGGAGUUGCAAGAGGACUUCUUUUCCAGCAAUAUGUUACUUGACAGUGAGCUGCACCCCAACAUUUCAAAUUUUGGAAUGACAAGAACUUUUGAGAGAGAUCAAACUGAAGCAAAAACAAAACAAUGUUUAUAUGGGCCCCAGAGUAUGCAGUUGAUGGAAACUUUUCAGUAAGAUCUGAUGUCUUCAGUUUUGAUGUGCUUUUGUUAGAGACUCUUGAGUGGCAAAAAGAAUGGGGGGUUGUCAUCCAGACCUUUACAACAAUCUUUUGGGGCUUGUUGGUGAGAAUGUUGAAAUGAUAUUCUACUUGUGUGUGCUUAGACACAAAAUCAUGCAUCUCUAUCAUUUAAUGCUAGUGAACAAAUAUGUUGAUUGCAAUUAGCUUCAGGCAUGGUUGCUUUGGAAUGAAAACAAGGCUUUGGGGCUGAUGGAUGUGUCUGAAGGAUUCAUGUGUUGGUCUCAAUUACUAUUCAGGUGGGCUUAUUAUGCGUUCAAAAGCAGACUGGCCAACAAUGUUCUCUGCAGUUCACAUGUUGGGUAAUGAGGAAAGCAGUGUUGCUGCAACCUAAACAGCCAGGUUUCUUUAUAGAAAGUUGUUCCACUGAUGGUAAUGACAAAAGAUGCUACAUGGAAAACGCAGUUACUAGAACAAUGCUUGAAGUUAUGCAUGCCCCUAGGCAGGGUUGAAGGGUCGAUAUAUGUGGAUAUUCAUGUUUCUUUUCUCAAGGCACCUGACUCCUGGAGUUUGGUGGUUUGGCAUCAAUCCUACAUAUUGCAGAAAUUAUACAGAUAAGGGGAGGGAUAGGUUCAAUGUUUAGUUGUGUUGACUUUGUGAAUAUCUUAGUCUUUUUGAAAUUUCAUUUGUAUGAUUUGUCUUACAAUCUCAAUUACAGGACCACUGCUGAUCUAAGCAUUCAGGUUUGUGCUGAAUUACUGAAUCAGGUUCAGCUUAACUUGAAAGGGUUUAGGUAGAGAGGCUUGUCAAGCUACCAGACAAGAAGACUUGAGAAAAAAAAGGAUAUUCAAGAGCUUUGGUUGCAUGAAAGUAGUAAAAAAUUCUUCUUACAUUUAAUUAAUAUUGAGUUUCAUCAUUUCUUUUUCAUGUUUCAAAUUUACAUCACACACUGUUUAUUUUAUAAACCCUUGAACAUUUUCAAGGAUAUCUUUCCUUAUUUUUUCUUUCAACUGUUUAAAAAAUCUUCAUACCUUUGAAAAUGGUUAUGGUUUCCAUGAAUAAACAGGCCGCCAUUGGGUUUGACCAACUUGGCACCCCAUGGUCCCUGUUUUGAUACAACAAUGAGGUAUGAGAACAAGGUGUUUGGUCAUGAUCACUGCUACAGUUCUUCAAUUUUAGAUUUUCUGAUGAAGUUUACAUAUGAUUUCAGUCAAUAUUCAAAUGGUUGGACUUGGUCAUAUGCUCAAACUCUUCAUAUUGUCAUACCUGUAACAUUCACAUUUAUUUUUAAUUUUAAUGUUUUUUUUCUCUACAAUAAUGGAUAUGAUGCAAAUUCCUUUUCUCUUUUGAUAUUCUUGUGCAACAAAAUUAAACAAAGCCACGUCACAGUUAGAUUUUGUCAACCAUGGUACCACAGUUAAGCAGAAAAUGAUACCUCCCACAUAAGCUGAUGAUUAGUUCAAAUUCGUAAAGACUUUGACAAGCAAAAUUUUCCAUUUCAACAGAUAAAUACAAAGUAAUGACUAAGCUGUUAUUAGUUCCCUCCAUUAGCAUGGAGAAGUGAAGUGAGAAUUGUCAAUGGAGAACAUUAGUUGGCUUCUUUUCUGCUACUAUUUGUUAUCAUGUUUAUCAAAAGCCUCACUACCAGCUGAUACUUUGACAGCUAACCAGUCUAUCAGUGAUGGGCAGACCUUAGUUUCAUCAAGACAAGUGUUUGAGUUUGGCUUCUUCAGCCCUGGUAAUUUGAAGAAUCGGUAUGUUGGGAUAUGGUACAAAAAUAUCCCAGAUACCUUUGUUUGGGUUGCCAACAGAGGAUAUCCAGUCACAGAUAAGUCUGGGACCUUGAACUUCAGCAGAGAUGGAAAUCUAGUUUUGUUCAAUGGAAAUGGGAGUGUUGUCUGGUCCUUGAAUUCUGAAGAAGGCUCAAAGCAUCCAAUUCUACAGAUAUUAGAUUCUGGGAAUCUGGUCUUGAGUGAUGAAAGUUAUGGUGGCAGCUCAAGCUAUAUAUGGCAGAGCUUUGAUCAUCCAACUGACACACUUUUACCAGGCAUGAGGCAGGGAUGGGACUUGAAUACUGGCCUGAAUUGGUAUCUGACUCCAUGGACUAGUGCAGAUGACCCUUCACCUGGCAAUUACUAUUAUGGUGUAGACCUUCAAGGUAUUCCCCAGCUAGUUCUACGGAUGGGAUCAAACAAACUGUAUCGAAGCGGGGUAUGGUAUGAAAAUCGAUUCAGUGGUGGUCCUGUUCUUGUUGCAAACUCUCUGUUUAAACCAACUUUUGUUGCUAAUAAAGAGGAAGUAUAUUAUGCAUUUGAGGCUAUGGAUUCUGCUAUUUACUCGAGGAUUGUUAUUCUUGAAUCUGGCCUUGUUCACCACUUCUCCUGGAUUGGUGACUUUCAGUGGGCAGUUCUGUAUGGAAUCCAGAAAGAUCAUUGUGACGCUUUUAAUCUUUGUGGACCUUUUGGGGUAUGCUACAUUAUUAAUCAAUCACCCAAAUGCGAAUGCAUGAUGGGGUUUACUCCAAAAUCACCCAAAGAUUGGGAAGUGUUCAAUAUAUUUGGUGGAUGUGUCCGGAUAAUGCCCCUGGAGUGUCAGAGAGGAAAUGGAUUUGUUAAGUAUCCAGGGAUGAAGUUGCCAGACUCAUCAAACUUAUAGGUGGCACUAACGAGUGCAGGGCAGAGUGCUUGAAGAACUGUUCUUGUACCGGUUAUGCUGAAAUGGAUACACAUGGGAAGGGAAAGGGCUGCUUGAUGUGGUUUGGGCCUUUGAUAGACAUUAGACAAUCAACUUCUUUUGGGCAAGAUCUCUAUGUGCGCAUGCCUGCAUCUGAACUGG